GGCGGGGCGGGCUGUAGGGGCCGCGGGUCGCGGCGAUCUUCUCAGUUUCGGUUGGACCGCAGCGCAGCCACCAUGUCCCUGGCGGCCUCGGCGGGCAGGGGCCCGGGGGCCGUGUGGUCCCCAACGCACGUGCAGGUGACGGUGCUCCAGGCUCGGGGCCUGCGGGCCAAGGGCCCCGGGGGCACGAGCGACGCGUACGCAGUGAUCCAGGUGGGCAAGGAGAAGUACGCCACCUCCGUGUCGGAGCGCAGCCUGGGCGCGCCCGUGUGGCGGGAGGAGGCCACCUUUGAGCUACCGCCGCUGCUGUCGGCUGAGGCAGCGCCCGCCGCCGCCGCCGCCGCCACCCUGCAGCUCACCGUGCUGCACCGCGCGCUGCUCGGCCUCGACAAGUUCCUGGGCCGCGCCGAGGUGGACCUGCGGGAGCUGCACCGGGACCACGGCCACAGGAAGACCCAGUGGUGUACCUUGAAAUCCAAACCGGGGAAGAAGAAUAAAGAACGAGGAGAAAUUGAGGUUGACAUCCAGUUUAUGAGAAGCAACAUGACCGCUAGCAUGUUUGACCUUUCCAUGAAAGACAAGUCUCGGAAUCCCUUCGGGAAACUGAAGGACAAGAUCAAGGGGAAGAAUAAGGACAGCGCGUCAGAUACCGUGUCAGCCAUCAUCCCCAGCGUGACGCCCUCGGCUGACAGCGAUGACGAGUCUCCUUCGAAAGACAAGAAGAAGAAGUCAAAGCUCAAGACCUUGUUUUCCAGGUCCAACCUGCAGAGAGCACCACUUUCCCAGUCCAUGUCUGUCCUGCCGACUGUAAAGUCAGACAAAGUGCUGCUUCGUCCUGGAGACUUUCAGUCCCAGUGGGAGGAUGAGGACAAUGGCGAGGACAAGUCCUCCUCUGCCUCGGACGUCUUGUCUCACAAGGGAACGGCAAGCGUGGAUCCUAAGCAGCUGAACCAGAUCCACUUCAACCCCCCCAAGAAGGAAGGACUCUCCUUCCUGGGAGGCCUUCGGUCUAAGAAUGACACCCUUUCCCGCUCGAAUGUUUGUAUCAACGGGAACCACGUCUAUGUGGAGCAGCCUGAAGCCAAGAGCGAGACCAAGGGCAGCUCCCCGGCCUCCUCGCCAUCCCCCCAGGGCCUCAGGAAGAAGCAUUUGUUCUCAUCUACAGAAAACCUGGCCUCUCGACCUUUGAAGGAGCCUGGGGAAGGAGGUGCAGUGCCUUCCGAGUCUUCCACAAAGGAUUCUCUCAAGUCCAUGUCCCUGCCAUCCUACCAGCAGCUGGUCAGCGGGGACCUUCGGGAGAACGCGGCUCUGGCGACCUUGGAGGCUGCAAAGGAAACCAAAGAGAGCAAGAAACAGGAGAACAAGAAGUCCUCUCUGCUCUCCCUGGUGACCGGGAAGAAGGACACAGCCAAGGGCAGUGAAGGCGAAAGCCCGCCGGCCGCCCCCGGGAAGGAGAGGGAAGGCACGCCCGUGGCGGUCAGAGCCAGUGAGGACCAGCCGGGGCCUGUCGACGACCCUGUGAAGAGAUCGGACGAGGAGACUGCGGCCAUUGUCUCUGGACGGGGCAGAGCCCCGAACCCCUUUGAAGACGUGCAGAUCCCAGAACCAGAAGCUGACCCAGAGCCCAAGGCUGCACCAGCGCCACCUGUUCCCUCACCCAGGGCUCCCCAGACCAGAGCCGUGAAACCCCGACUGGAAGUGUCUCCAGAGGCUCAGCCCGCACCCAGGCUCCCUCCUUCCACUCGCUCUCCUCUCGUGUCCUCUGCUCUCCCUUCCAGUUCUGGUCAGACACCCAUCCCUUCUAAACUGGGGCAUGACUCAGAGCCACAGCCCUUGGACUCUCCUCCUGGCUCCUCUUUCCCCUCUCCUGUAGCGGCCCCCAUUUCCACAUCCACUCCCAUUGAACACUGGCCUCCCACAGAUGUGGGUGAGGCCAGUCCUGAAGAACCGCCUUCGCUCCUGGAACCAGAGCUAGAAAAGGAGAGUUUGACACAAGUUCCAAGUACUGUUCCUUGUGCUGUGGGCUCGCUUUCCAAACAGACACCCAUUCCAGUGGGGAAAGGGAUGGAAGACUCUCCAGUGGGGAAGACCAGCGCUGAUGACCCAGGACAGUCUCUCCGGACGCAGCCUGAAGUGGGGCGAGAAGAAGAGCUUCUGGGGUCUCCCCCCAGGAAACAACGAGGCACCAUCCCUUCAUCUGUCGAGGCCCGAGAAGUAACACCCGCCGCUGCGCUCAGAGGAGGCGGGACGGGCAGCCCUGCCGGGAAGCCCCCGAGGCGGGGAGCCUCAGGCUCUGCGGGUCAAUCUAGGUCUCCUGUGGGGGAUGCAGACGGGGGUGGCGGGAUGAGUCCUGCAGUUAAGGAAGCGGUGCCCCCCGUUCCCGUGGGCGAGUCGGUGCCUCCACUUGACUCUGCGAUGCAGAGACACAAAGAGAUGGGUCCGGAUGCCUGCGAGGGCAGAAAGGAAAUCAAGGGGCAGGUGUUGUCUUCCGAGCAGCUCUCUAGGGAAGAGGCGGGGGAGGAGGCCCCUGUGCUGGUCCGCGGGGACAGAGGUGACCCCCAGGAGGUGACGCCACAAGGGGCCGCCCCUGGAAAUGCGUGGGACACGGGACACUCCCAGGAGGGCGCGGCUGUGGCUGGACCCUGGCCCGCUGCCCUGGCAGCUCGCCCUCCCUGCCCGUCCUCCAAGGGGAGCUUCUUGGGGGGCCCCGCGCAUGCCGCCAGCUCGGGGAGAGAUGGUCCCCGUCUCAGGAGUCAGGGAGACGACACCCGGAUGGCGCAGAACCAGAGCAAAGCCAGUGACCACGAGGGUCUGCUGUCUGACCCCCUGCACGGCCUUCAGUCCUCCUGCGAGGCAAAGCCCCCAGCCCUGGCCCAUCUGGACUUGACCCUGCCUUCCAUCCCUGAAGUCGCUUCAGAAGAUGAGAGAGGAGAUCAGCUUGAAGAUGACAGAGGGGUGGCCCCGGUGGCAGCUCUGGGAGGAGGGGCUUCUUCCCCGAGCACGUGGCCCGCCCAUGCUGAGCGGGAGAGGGCGCCCAGCAGGGAGGCCGAUGGGUCAGCAGGGGGCCUGCGCGAGCCCAGGCCGGGAGCGCCCAGAGCACCCGCCCCCGCUUCUGCAGAGCAGACCACAGCCUUGGAGGUUCAGGAACCACAGUCGCCGGGCCCCGGUGACAGCGGGGAGGCAAAACCAGUGGGAGAUGGGAGGCCGGGUCAGCCUCCAGCCGCAGCCCUGGAUUCCCUUGUGUCCGGCCCCCCCUUUUCUGAGCCCUUUCCUGCCACACGCUCUUUUCCCACCUGUGCACACUCUGACACCCACCACACCAGUACAGCAGAAUCUCAAAAAAAAGCAGCAGUCGAGGGCUCCGCGGGUAAAGUGGAAAAUUCUGGCAAGAGGAAGCCGCUUCUUCAGGCCUGGGUCUCACCCUCAGACACACAGCCCAUCUCGGCUCAGCCAAGCGCUGGACGCGGGUCGGCCAAGCACAGACUUCAUCCCGUGAAGCCGAUGAACACGGCAGCCACCAAGGUCGCUCUCUCCAGCUCGGGAACUGCCACCAUCAUCAGUGAGAACUUGGUCAACGAAGCCAUGAUGAAGAAAUACAAGCCCUCGGAACCCGCGUUUGCUUAUGCACAGCUGACCCACGACGAGCUGAUCCAGCUUGUCCUCAAACAGAAGGAAACGAUAAGCAAGAAGGAGUGUCAGGUGCGCCAGCUGGAAGACUACAUCGACAACCUGCUGGUCAGGGUCAUGGAAGAGACCCCCAGCAUCCUCCGAGUUCCCUCUCAGGACACUUGCCCCCUUCUCAACUAAUAGCACCAGUUCAGAGUCUUCAGGUAAUUUCGUUGUUAGUAACCUGAUAUUGGAAUUGGAAUGUUUUCUGUAUUACUCAUUUUUUUCUCCCAGUUGUGACAGAAUCUCAUCAAAUCCCAGCAUCUCUCCUGGGAGGAGAAUGUCACAGGCCAAGUGGGUGGGCAGGGGUUGAGAUGAGAGCAGUUAUUAAAUGGAACGCUCUUCUAUGUUCAUUCUUGUUAUAUUGAAGUUAAGAGGCAAGGUGAUUGGCAGCGGAAUCCCUUUUCAGGAUCACGUUUGCUGCCACGUUAGUUAAUAUCAGAGCACUUUAAUCUGAAGGAUGAUACUGUAACUUGAUUUAGCUAAUUUGCUUUGAAUUAUCGAUAGCUCUUUUAUUUAAUACCCUCCUACAGUACUGGGGACCACUGUAAACUUCUCAGAUGACUUGUAUUUUUGUAGCGCUAUGAGAUUUCCGUGCAUCCCUGUAAAGAGAACUGGAUAUUCGCUGGAACUCUGCAAAUGCACGUGUAUAUAUUUGUUCUGCAAUGUUUUUUACUUGAUGUCAAUGUACUUUGACGGUGAUGCCCACGUGCACUGGGUGGCGGGAGCGCUGAGUGGUUUCUCCUCGGAAGAGCCGCUACGGUGACCUGCAUGCUUCCCAAGAGCUGGUUGUUGUGGAAAGAUCUGCUGCUAGGACCUCGGGGAUGGGAGCCGGUCUCUGUUUGAGAGGAACGACUGGGUGGAGGAGCAAAUUCCUCUGCUCUGUAUGCCACUCGAGAACUCUGGAGAAUGAAGGACAAUCUACUUCAAGGGUGUCUGGUUUCUACCACUGCUGGGAAAAAGAUUCCAAUGCAGGUAGCAUUCCUGCACCUCUCAAGGUCACCGGUUAACGCCUGUCCUUGAGGACUCUGCUGUGAGGGAGAACUCAGCUAGGAAUGCUGGAGCCUGCUCUGAGCUGUUGGCAGGGGCAGGUGGACUGGAGGGCUGGAGCUCCUGCAGCCGGUGUGGGUCUGAGGGCUUACACCCAGCUGUCUAUACCAGGAGAGCCUGAAUUAGCCUCUAGCUGCUGAAAGUGCUCACCAAACUGACGGGCCCUAGGAGGAGGCCGUGCUCUGCAGAAGCAGGAGCAGCUCUUUCUUGGCCUUGCCUGGCUGACCCCGUGGAAGACCAGUCAGUACUUCAGGGAAGCAUCUGAUGAAAUACCAAACACCUUGUGAUGAACUUCAGUGGGAGGUCAGCGUCCGGAAAAAAAUGUCAACCCUUUGCCCGGGUGUUUCAUAUCAUCUCAGUCCUUGGACUUUGACAGAUGUCCUGCCCACCCCUUUUAUUUCCUGUGUGUCGGCCUCUCCAGGUAACAGAAUGGAGGGGCAGGAAGGUCUGUCCUUUGCCACACGAACAGCGUUGACCCUGAGUGGAGGGUGCGUGCGUGGUGAGUGGGAUACGUGUGUGGUUUCCAGCUUUGCUAACAGUGGGGGCUUGGAAGGGCAAAGAGGGAGGAGGGUCCACGACACUCAGCCACCCGCCGGAUUGAAGGCCAGAGGCAACCUGAUGUUAAAUUAGGCACGAUCUUCCCUCCCUGUGCCCCUUCUUUUUUAGAACUGCUAACUAAUGGUCCCUCAAGGCUGAAGGAUCUGUUGCCUUAGGUGAGUGGAGAGCUUAACCUCCAGUUAAGCUUAACCUCCACACCAGCCUCAACCCUGUGGUUUCUCAGUAUCUAUCAUGUGAGCUGCUAACUUGACCUCUUCCUCCCUCUGACUUGAAAGUUCACCCAGCAUCUCUGGAUUACAGAAUUCUUAUUUCCUGCUUUGUUACUUUGGGAAUUUUGAACUUCUUUGCUUUUAUUUUUAAGAAGUAACCUAAAAUUUCCUACAACACUAAAUAAAAUGGCACUACCUUUCAAAGA